AUGGAAGAAAAGCAAACUUUCGUCAAAAUUAUAGAAGGAAAAGUAGACUUUUUCGCCAUAAUAAUAGGCUCCUUCUACCCAUUUGACGCGUGGCCUGAAAUUUUAGGAACUUCGAAAUGGGUUCGGCCCAUUUGUCUAUAUACAGUUGGGCCCAGAAGACCCCUCCCUCUGUCCUCCCAUCCUCUUUGUCCGCACCUCGCUCUCCACGACACUUGACGCACCUACCAUCUCCGUCCAUCUGCGGCGUCGGCGGCGAAGGAAGAACGGAAGCGACGGCCACGUGGGCAGGCGGCGAGCAGGAGAAGCCCACAAUGGAGAAGUGUAACAGCAAUGCUCGAUUUGCACCCUUGAGUGAUACUCCAUUUGCUCUCCGUGGAGCUCUUGGUAGUACUAGUUCAAAUCUUGAGCAAACCAGGGGCUACGCAUCUUCCCCCCUAGCAGCUCAGCGGCCCAAGAUAUCUGCACCUGGAAGCCGACCCCUGCACACAAGUCGCCCCCUGUCAUCUCCUGUUGCAAACCGCCCACUGUCACCCCACCUUCCUCUGAAGAAGCCGCAGUUCAGCGCUACUUUCUCUAUCUCGCACCGAAUUUUCGGUGUCGCAUUGGGAGUUGCCAUCAUAUCUGUCCCUCUCGCCACCAAGUUCAGCCUGAUGUUUGGUGUUUGAGAGCGAUCUGCUGUGUCAUCUUAUGAGAAAUGGCAUUACCCAUUUCCGUGACUGUUUUGUCGUUGUCUCUGGUUCCUUGCAACGCAAGGUGCAGUUUGGAUUAACAUCUUUGUCAUGUGUGCAAAACUUCUAUAAUAAUCAGUACUUUCUACUGCUACAUUAUGAAAAUAUCAGAUGCUAGUGUAAUAUGAGUAUCAAAUAUCAGUACAAGGAGGUUUGCCCCAUUAUGAAUGUACAUGGUUAUGAGGUC